UCCAGAUUAAAUCGAACGUGUACGCUCUCUAUUUAGCCGCAAAAAAGGUCUCUAUCUUACGAAAGAGCGCUACAAAAAUCUUUCAUUUCUCGAGUCUUUUUCGGGGUUUUCUCUUUUUUUUUUCGUCGGAUCUUCAACACUUUUUUCAAAAAUGGCUGAGCACGAAGAGAAGAAGCACGAGGAAUCGUUGAUGGAAAGGAUAGCCGAGAAGAUCCAAGGUCGUGAUUCGUCGUCAUCGGAUUCCGAUAAUGACAAGCCAUCGGAAUCAUCGAUCAAGGCCAAGGUCUUCCGUCUUUUUGGAAGAGAAAAGCCCGUUCACCACGUUCUCGGUGGAGGCAAACCGGCUGACAUUUUCCUUUGGAGGAACAAAAAGAUAUCGGCAGGAGCGCUCGGUGUCGCAACUGUGAUAUGGAUUUUGUUUGAAAUGCUCGAAUACCACCUUCUCACACUAGUGUGUCAUUUGUUGAUACUUGCUCUUGCAGUACUGUUCUUGUGGUCAAAUGCUGCUACCUUCAUUAACAAGUCUCCACCACGCAUCCCUGAAGUUCAAAUUCCUAAGGACCCAGUUAUGGAGUUUGCUCAGGCACUUCGGUUUGAGAUCAACCGGGCUUUUGCUGUCCUACGGGAUAUUGCAUCAGGAAGAGAACUCAAGAAGUUCCUAUCUGUGAUCGCCGGCUUAUGGGUCUUGUCUAUUGUCGGAAGUUGGUGCAACUUCUUAACACUGUUUUACAUAGUCUUCGUACUUCUUCACACGGUACCCGUGCUAUACGAGAAAUACGAGGACAAGGUGGACCCAUUUGCUGAGAAAGCAAUGCAUGAGAUUAAGAAGCAGUAUGCAGUGUUUGAUGCAAAGGUUCUAAGUAAGAUUCCAAGGGGACCAUUAAAGGAGAAAAAGAAGGAUUAGAUUUACCGGCCAAGAUGUGCUUUUGCUAGGUUUCUGACAUACAUUUGGUAGCUGCCUUCCGUGAAAAUGUGUUAUUUACUAUAUAUCCUGUAUCAGUUAGAACCCUGUUUUAAUCUUUUUUCGGUUUUAGUACACAAUGGGUUCAAAAAGUUUGAUGAAUUUGGCAUCUUUUUUUCUAAAUCUUGUUUAGUUGUUUUUUGAUAUGGAUCCAUAUGCUAUGUGACGAUAUGUUUUCAUAUUGCAUGUUGGUUGGAAUACAUUGAGUUGAAAGUUUUUCAACUUGCGUUGUAUAUCUUUUCAGAAUGAUCGAGUUUGCCUUGUGAUUGUGACUUCUAAUAGUUCUUAAAA